UCCCCUUACCACAGCCAUCAUCCAGCGAGGAACUCUGAGAAAAGGCUGUGUUCUGGUUGCAGGGAAGACCUGGGCAAAAGUGCGUUUCAUGUUUGAUGAGAAUGGCAAAGCUGUAAGUGCAGCCUCUCCGGGCAUCCCUGUAGAAAUCAUGGGCUGGAAAGAUGUCCCUUCAGCGGGAGAUGAAAUCCUGGAAGUGGAAUCUGAGCAAAGGGCGCAUGAAGUCAUGGCUUGGAGAACCUAUGUUGAACAACAGGAGAAGAUGAAAAGGGACGUGGAAGUUAUUGAAGCAAAGCAGAAGGAACACAGGAUGGAAUAUCAGAAGCAGCAACAGAAGUUUGCCCAUCUGUCCUGGAGACAGAGGAAGGCGGUGCUGUACAAGACCAAUAAGCAUCUCAUGUUUUCAAAGCCUAAAGAGAGAACCGAGGUGGACGAAAACACUCUGUCAUUAAUUGUUAAAGGUGAUGUGGAUGGAUCUGUUGAAGCUAUUCUGAACAUUCUGGACAGCUAUGAUGCCGACGAUGAAUGUAAAUUAGAUAUCAUUCAUUUUGGAAUGGGAGACAUCAGUGAAACUGAUAUAAGUCUUGCUGAACCAUUUAACGGUGUUGUAUUUGGAUUCAAUGUGAAAGCCAAUCAAAGUAUUAAAGAUCUGGCUGCUAAAAAGGGAAUAAAAAUUAAACUUCACAACAUCAUCUACAAACUUAUUGAAGACUUGAAAGAUGAGCUAAAUAGCAGACUACCCCCAUCUGUGGUGGAGACUACCAUAGGGGAAGCUUCUGUUCUCGACAUCUUCUUUGUAACAGCAGGAAAGAACAAAAUUCCAGUAGCUGGAUGCAGAGUGCACAAGGGCCUGCUAGACAAAAAAAUGAAAUUUAAGCUAAUCCGCAACAGGGAUGUUAUUUGGAAAGGAUCUUUAUCAUCACUGAAGCAUCACAAAGAUGAUGUCCCGGUAAUAAAAACGGGUAUGGAUUGUGGAUUGAGUUUGGACAAGUAUAUGGAAUUCAGUAUUGGAGAUGAAAUUAUCUGUUAUGAAGAAAAAGAAGUUCAGCAGACAACGUCCUGGGAUCCAGGAUUUUAAAAUGCAUUUGAAUACAUUAACACUAAAGGACAUGUAUUAUUCCUGGCUGGCCUUCAACUCUUAACAUUAAAUGAACUUUCAGAGAU